AUGAGCGACGAGUCCAUCGAGCGUGAGCAGCUUCGCAAAGCGCUCCUACAACACUGGCCCCUCCUAACCACAGCCAUUCUUUCCGAGACCUUUCCAACGGACGCUAGCCCCGGCCCAUUCAUCCAAUCCGCCAUUGCCCAGGACGGUCCCGACAAGGCCAGGUUCGUGGCAAUCUUCGACUGCCUCGAACGAAACGCGAAAGAAACCACCCUCCACCGUGACCAAAUCCAGUCCGAACUAACGAAACGCGUCGAAGAAUACGAAGCCGACCUCAUUCGCGCCACAAGGCGUAUCUCAGAUUCCGACCAGGUUAUUGCCACCCAGACAGAAGAGCUCCUGGAGACCCGUGCCAAGAUCACGGGCCUGAACGCAGAAAUUACCCGCCUGAACAGCUGCGUCACGCAGCACAAUGAACGCAUCUCAACCCUCCAAGACGAGAAAACCGAACUCCAAACCCGCCUAGCCCAAGCGACGACGGCAAACGGACCUCCAAUUCAUUUCGGGACCACCCCGAAGGCCCGACGCACCACAACAAACCCUGACAAAUUCACCGCGGGCCAGCAGGACACAGCCAAACGCCAAAGCGCCUAUGAGCGGUGGAAGACCCAAGUGGAACAAAUUCUAGUCGUCGACGCCGAGUGUUUCCCGAAGGCACUCGACAUCCUUACGUUCAUCACAAGUUUGCUGGGCGGCAAGGCCUGGGAUGCCGUCCAGGACGGCGUCCAGACAAUGAACGCCAACCCGAAGAACUCACAAUUGUGGACUUGGCAGAACCCAGCUGCGCUGUGGGAAGCGCUAGACAAACGCUACAUGCUGCUCGACAGCACCCAAUCUGCGAAAAACAUGCUGGACACGCUCUACCAGGGAAACAGAGCCUACGGCGACUUCAAGGCCGACUUCGACCACUACGCCGACAAAGCCAGGCUCGACAGCCGCUCGAAAGUCGACAUGCUACGCAAACGGUUGAACGGUGCCUUCACCGCUGUCAUCGAUAACCAGAUCACCCUGCCGGCCGCCGACGACUACGCCGGCUGGACCAACGUUACCGAUAACAUUGCCCGAAACCUGCAGCAGAAAGAACACAUCACCAAGCUACGAAAUAUAGCCAAACCGCACCUUGAAGCACACGCACAAGACCGAGUAGCCCCAGCUGUUGAUGCAGGCGACCCCAUGGAACUCGACCGCAUCCGCAUCUCCGACGCUGAACGCAGGCGCCGCACGGACAACGACCUCUGCCUGGCGUGCGGCGAACCAGGACACUUCGCACGAGACCACCACCGACCAGUCGAUCCCGUCCCGAUGCCCCGACGCCAAGCCAACACCCGCAGCACUUUCCAAAGCACCCACGCCCGCGGCCGCGGCCGCGGUCGCGGUGGAUACAACACACAAGCCAGCCGAACCCAACCCCAAGGCCAGACCCAGCAACAGGGGAGUUGGCAAUGGAUGCCCCAGACGCAGUUCCAGCAGCCCCAGUUCUUGACGCCACAACUUCGUGCCCUCCCCACGGGGCACAUCAUCGGCGAGACGAGCUCCGAGAACACCAGCGUCACUGGAGAUGACAUAUCAAGCACCUACACUGCACCUGACGCUCAAGGACACCAGUUAAAAGGCCCGCCCCUGGAUUAA